CCGGCGCCAUGGCCGGCAUCGUCGUCGCGGCCGUCUUCGUGCUUGCCGGCGCCGCUGUCGGCGCCUGGUUCGCACUGCGCCGCCGCGCCCGCCGGCCCGUCGAGCACAUCACGCCCAGCGCGGCCAAGCAGCACAUGGUCUCGCUGCCGCACAGCGCCGUCACGCAGCCUGGCCGUCCCGCGUCCGUGUCCUCGACGCUCGGUUCCGACGGCGAGAAGAGCGCGUGCAAGUCGCUCGACCUCAACCGCCUCUCCUACGGCGCCUCGGGCAGCGACUCGUCGCGCGGGCCGUCGCCGCAGCCCGGCGCCGUGGCGGACAGCGUCAAGCAGGCGCGCCGGCGCAGCGCGUCGAUCAGCGACAAGCUGCCGCGCCUGCAGCGCCGCAUCUCGGACGCCUCCAUCGCGCCGGCCGCCUCGACGCUGCGCCAGCUCGGCCGCAAGCUCUCCAGCUCGUCUGUCACCGACGGCCUGCGCGCGCUGCGCGACGACCUCAAGGCCAAGGGCUCGGGCAGCGUCGUCGACCGCGACGCGCUGCCGCUCACGUCGUCCGACAGCCGUGCCGGCUCCGACGCCGGCCACGGCGGCGAGUUCAGCGCCUCGCCCAGCUUCUUCGUCGACGGCCUGAGCAACGAGUACAACUUUGUGCCCACCAUCGUCUCGGCCGCACCGCCGACGCAGCUCGAGCUGGCACGCGCCGAGCUCGGCCACGGCCUGCGCCGCACCGGCAGCACGGGCACGAAUCGCAGCACUACGCGCCGCCCCGUGCCGCGCUGGGAGCCCGAGAGCGACGGCUCGCCCUUCUGAUUGUCUCCUCUCCCGCUGCGUCUGUGUAUACCUGCGCCGUGCUGCGCCCUCGUCACCCGUGUCACCAAAUGUACAUCAUUCCUGCU